GGAGGUUGUUUGUCCGAGUAUGUUCACAAAAACAGCGACUUGAUCGUAUACAGCGUAUUUUUACUGCAAGCAACGUUUGGUACAUCUGCAUUCAAAGAAGCGCAUGAGCAGCAGAAAAGCAAAAGAUACGGAUCACAUCAUAAAAAUUCGUCUGGAGCCUGGCUCGGUGCAUAGAAGCAUGUAGAAGUAGCACUUGCAAAAAAUGUAACGAAUUCUAACAGUGUAACGGAUAGAUUUUCUUCACGUGAUUCAUCAUAGGCCCUCAAGAAAUGCUAAAAUGAGAAAGAUCACAGAAAUUUUGCUCCUUCUUUUAUCCAAGUACUUCUAUCGCAACUCGACUGCAAGCCCUCGCGGCCUCGUCAUAGUUGCGAUUUCGAUACUACUUUUGGUUUACUUACCGCCAAUUCCGGUUCUUCGUAAGCUGUGUUUUCCUUCACGAGGACAAACGCGAUCGAUUCCGCAGUUGCUCCUCUGGCUCCGGGGUGGAGAAACACAGAAGACCACUUUUCAGUUCGGUGAUCAUGAUUUCAUCUUCAACCACAGAGACGGGGUCGAGCCGAGUUUUGGCGGCCAUUUUGUCAUGGACAGAGUGCUAGACGUGCAGCGUCAGAGUGCUCUAGCUGGAGCGAAUGCUGGAGAUCGAGGUCUCUUCUUCAGUUCGUUUCUGAGUGAUGUAUUCGUGCAGUCAGCACGCUUGGGUCUUCGCAAGCACAUUGUUUUUCUGCAAGACACGGAGCGGCUGGAGUUCUAUCGCGAUGCUUUGGAAUUACACGCUAAAAGCGCUUCUCACGGGUUGUGCGACGAUAAAUGCAGAAACGUAGCCAGUUCUGAGCGACCCUCUUGUCGCAAUAUUCGGCUUAUUCUCGAUUUAGGGAGCGGCACUGGCGUGCUGUCGAUCUUAGCAGCGAGAGCUUUCCCGCAGGCGCUAGUCGUGGCAAUUGAAGCAAAUGAAGGCGUCGCGUCCCUUUCUCGGAGCGCAUUUGUGGAAAACAAUGUCGCUGAUCGGGUUUUUCUCCUUAGUGGAAAGCUUAGUACCGACAUCGCGACGGAGAGUCUUAUCGAAGCGGUUCGAAGGCGAUGGAAGAAGACCAAGAAAGAAUUUGCCGGUUUCGACUUGAUUGUUACGGAAAUUUUUGGGGCGAUGCUUUUCGGGGAGAUGGCACAUCUAUCGUUGGCAGAUGCGUUGCACCGCUGGGGUCAUAAGGACACGAUAGUCGUGCCAGGGCAUGGAUGUCAAUUUGGAAGACUUGUGGGAAGUACUAUGAAUAUGACGACGCCGGAACAACCUGACUCCGACUCGGAAAUGACGUCAGCAUGGAAACUUCAACCCUUGUUUCCACCAUAUCAAGCUGAUCCCGCUGCUGCUAUCGUUGUGUUGACCAAAAAUGAACAUCAAGUUGGAGGCAGUCACGACUUCGCCGGGAACGAAGAUCGACUCGUGUUUUUUUCGGAGCGCACCUGCGUUUUGAACAAAGACUUCAGGACUCUCGCACACGGCCCUCUUACUUUUGUGGCUGAAGAACAACGGAUAGGGGACGCCUUCACUACUACUUAUACAUCACUGGACAGGCUGAUAUUAGAAGCCUCAAUAAAGGUGGUAAGUAUACAAUGGGGAAGGACGCGUCGGGGCCACAGCUCGCACUUGGCGUUGGCAGAUGAAGAUCAAAAAGUUAAUGGCGCACUUCACAGGUCAUGUGGAUGGCUCAGCGGGAUUCUUUUUGAUUGGCGAAUUGAAGCAAGUACGACUUUAAAGACAAGUCCAGACAUUCUGAACAACGGAACAGGAGACCAAAAAGCACCCGUGGUUCCGCACAACCAAAAUGACCCACGAUUCACUAUGGGUAUGGAUACGUCGCCUGGUGCGCGAAACGUAGCGGGUCAAAUCGCGUGGUCGCCACUUAUUUUGCGGCUCCCAAAGACACGCGCCUGCGAGGGAGAUCUUGUGGAUUUCCUCGUGGAUGCGGUAUCGGGCAAGCCCUUCUCAUUGCGUCUGAGACGUCGACGGGCCAAUCGCGGUCUCGAUCAGGAGGGUCUUAAGCAGGAGAGUCGAAGGAAUAACCCGAAAAACACCUCAAUGCGAUAUGCCGAAGACCUGUUUUCCCAAAGCCAAAGCCAUCAGCAGCAAUAUUAUGAUACGGAUGGCUUCGAAAGUAUCGAUCUGCUUGCUGGAAAGACCGUGAGGAACCAAGCAAAACGACACUCACGGAAAUCGACACAGCAGCAGGAAUCGCUAUUGCCGAAAAUGCAAUCCGGCGAAGUUCUACCUGGUCUGCACCUUUCGGCAUUGUUUCAAGCAGCACAGACUUUGGAGCUCGUAAGCUAACGCGUAUUAAUCUUUCUUUUCUAAUGCCGUGACUGUGGCGUUCUUAGCGAGUGUGUUUGCUAGGAGGACACAAGAAGAUGUUUUUAUCGUUAUCCGUUUCCUAGUUUUACUUCUUCGGUAUGGUGUUUUUUUCGACGCGCACUUUCUCAGAACCGAGUAUAGGUACAGCAGCAACUUCUCUUAACGUGAGCUGCAGCAGCAACGAUGAGCAAAUUUUUAUGGGUCAAAGAUCGAUGUUCAGAAAGGAACGAGUGAUGCUUAUUUGGAAAUCUGAUCUGGCACUGGCUGUGAGGUGAACGCAAGUCAAUUAAGUAUAUCCA